AGACGCAUGCGCAGUGUGCGCAAGUGCGGCGUGGCUGGUUCUGCCGCCAGCCAGUGGGUGACCUUCCUUGCAUUACUCCGAAGGCAGCGGCAGCGAGUUAACCUUGCGAGGCCAUGGGCGAUAUCCCUAAGGGUGACCCCGAGAAGGGCAAGAAGGUAUUUGUGCAGCGGUGUGCACAGUGCCACACAGUUGAAGCUGGCGGCAAGCACAAGACAGGCCCCAACCUGCAUGGUCUCAUUGGGCGCAAGACAGGUCAAUCUCCAGGCUUCAGCUAUACAGAUGCCAACAAGAGCAAAGGGAUCACCUGGAACAAGGACACGCUGUUCAUCUACUUGGAGGACCCAAAAAAGUACAUUCCGGGCACCAAGAUGGUCUUCGCUGGCCUCAAGAAAGUGCAAGAUCGAGCUGACUUGAUAUCCUACCUGGAGCAGGCCACAAAGUAGAAGCAAUGCAUUGGAAACACCGGUGACAAGCUUGGGGCACUGCCGCCUCCACUCCUAACCAUUGCCAUACCCAAGAGUAAAUUAUCACCAUUUUCCAUCUGUUGUUGAGGGGCAGUGUCUCUUGCUGCAAGGACAAGUUAGAAGCUGUUACAGGGCCCACGCUGCCACUACAGUAAUAAAUGUUUGCAGUUUUACCACUGUUA